UUAGACAUUAUUGGUCAGCUAUAAACAAUUUCGACAUCAUCAUUUAGUGAAUCAGUUUUUUCCUGAAUAAAUUAAAACGUAUUUAAAUCAUAUAAGCCAUAUUAUUUGUUGUAAUACCGUAUUAUUUAUUAUAUGUUGGCUCCUUUAGUUAAAGAUUUCCAUAAUACUCUCUUAUUUGUGUCGUACAUAGUAAUUUUUACUUACCAGAUCUUUGUGUUUUUAAUUCAUUGUCAAUUUAAAUUUCUUGGUCGAUUGAUGUUUACUUAAUAUAGUGUUUAAAGUGAACAGUUUAAAUUUACAAAAUAAUGUCCACCGAAAUACCUGAAUGUCCGCCGAGCUUGAAAUCAAUUCAACACUAUUUAAAGACUGCAGCUGAACAUGAUACGAGAGAUCCAGUUGUUGCAUAUUGGUGCAGACUACAUGCCUUACAAGUUGGCCUAAAAUUAACUUCUAAAAAGACUCCAGAGGAGACUAAAGUUCUAAUGGCACUUAUGGAUUGGUUAGAAGAAGCUAAGAAAACAAACAAGGAUAAUGAAGCUAUUAGUAAUGAAGUAGCAGCUCAAGCUCAUCUUGAGAACUAUGCUCUGAAAUUAUUUAUGUAUGCUGACAAACAAGACAGGGAGCAAAACUAUGGCAAAAAUGUUGUGAAAGCUUUCUAUACAGCUGGAAUGAUAUAUGAUGUUCUUACCACAUUUGGAGAGCUAACAGAUGAAGCAACACAGAACAGGAAGUACGCUAAAUGGAAGGCUGCUUACAUUCACAAUUGCCUAAAGAACGGAGAAACUCCUGUUCCAGGUCCAAUGCAGUCUGAAGAUAGCGAACAAAAUGAGGAUGGCUCAGCAAAUAACAGCCAAGACACUGCAACAACUCCUCAAGUGCCUGGUUUUCUUCCUGUAACACCAGCAACUUUACCUAAUGUACCAUCCAACUUCAAUAACAGUUUACCUGAUCCUAAUGCAGCAAUGAGGGCUGCUUCACAACUACCACCUGUUCCAUAUACUCCAGAUCCUAAUCCAGGUGGGUUUGUGCCUUAUGAUCCAUCUCAACAGCCACAACCAGCUCAACCUACACCAUUAUAUGGUGACAACACUACCUCUGUAGCUCAGUUGACACCAGAUCAAAUAGCUAAAGCACAAAAGUAUUGCAAGUGGGCAGGCAGUGCCCUCAAUUAUGACGAUGUAAAAACGGCAAUCACAAACCUAAGGAAUGCCUUGGAGUUGUUGCAAACUGGCCAUGACCCUGCUUAAUUAUUGACUGUCAGAGAUUUUACAUAGUAUAUGGUUUUCAUUUAUGUAAUCAUUUAAAAUAGGAUGAUUAUAGCUAUAUAUUUAUGCUAUUUUAAUAUAUUUUUUUUAAUUUAUGAACUAAAUUAUGAUAUAUCAUUGUUUCCAAAGUAAUAACAGUAUGAUGUAAUUUUAUUAUAGACAUGUUGAGUCUAACAGGAUGGAAGAUGAUCAUAUUCAAUCAUAAUAUAAUAUAUAUGACACAGAUAAAUAUUUAAAUUAACAAUCAAAAUAUUUUAGAUGACAAUAUGUCACUAGUUUAGAUAGUAACAUCACAUUAGUUAUAACUUUAUGAUAUAAGGACAUUGAACCUCGUGAUAAAAUUAUAAUUUAUAAAUUAUUUUCAUAAUAUAGUAAUAAAUUGAUUAAUCCUUCUGUCAGUUGCUUGGGCUGUAUAUGAAUAAGAAUUAUAAUUUUAACAAAAAUAAUGUAUAUGUACAAAUUUGUUCGCAUUACCAAUAAAAUUUAUUCACAAUAUUUAUGUGACUGUGACUAUGCUAACCAUUAAGCUAAAUCGAUAUUAGACUUUCGAAAGAUUUCCCUUGCAUGUACUUGUAAUUGAAUAUGACUGAGAGUCAGCCCUAUGACUCAUUCAACAAAUGAUAUACAAAAAGUUCAAAGUAGUUAAAUUAGCAGCUUUACUUAAAUGUCAAUGAUUUGGAAUGGCAAACAACAAUAGAGUAGUAAUUACAUAAAUUAUACUAAGGUGCUAGUUCGUUAAAUAAUAUCCAGGGGGCACCCUUCUCAUUCGUUUCUUCAUACGUUUUAUGUUUAUUGACCAUUUCUAAAGAUUAAACUGUUAUAUUUUUAUACCAUGUUUUCAAUAUAAAAUCCGACAAUUCAAACCAAAAUCUACUUAAAAAAGAGUGGUAUAGAAGUAUCCUUGCAAAUGAAUUUGCAUGAAUAAAUUUUAUCUUCCUAUGCUAAUAUUUGUAGUCAUGUAUUGAAUUGAUCGUUCUUUUGUGUUCUAUAAUAUAUUAUAUUUACAGCUUGAUAAAGUAAAUUACUGUUGCAAUAAAACAAUGAAUAAUA